GCCAGUGUGCAGGCAGAGAGAAACAGGAGGACGAGCAGCGUUUAUCUACAGGCACAAUCACCACCGCAUCACUGACUGGGCUGCUGCUGUUGCUGCUGCAAGACACGGACGUGCGGUCUGUGCGUCGCGUCGCGCAACUGUCACAUCAUGAGCUCGUCAUCGUUACAAGCGAGCAACGCGCUCUGAGACGCUGUUUCGCCGCAGCAGGGCCACAGAAACACGGCUCAAGCGAGUAGCGGCGGCGUUAGCUUCUGGAGACCUCAUUCCUGCGCACCACAGGCCGAAAUGAUUGGACGCUGCCUGCCUCAUUCUGCCAACUCCUAGUUCUGGUGCACCUGAUUGGUCGACUGUCUGUCUGAGAGCUACCCCAGUUGCCAUGACUUAGAGACACUCCAGAUACAGAGAUGGAGAAAAAGAAAAUGUGUCCCCGCCUCCUGGACUACCUGGUGGUAGUUGGAGCCAGGCAACCCAGCAAUGACAGCGUGGCACAGACACCUCAGCUGUUGAGGCGCUAUCCGCUGGAGGACCACAAUGACUUUCCUCUGCCACCUGAUGUGGUCUUCUUCUGCCAGCCUGAGGGCUGUCUGAGCAUCCGUCAGCGGCGGGUCAGUCUCCGCGAUGACACCUCUUUCGUCUUCACUCUCACUGACAAAGACUCGGGCAUCACUCGCUAUGGAAUCUGUCUCAACUUCUACCGCUCUUUUCAAAAGGCCCAUCAUCGCCCACGAGCUGAAGGAAAAGGAGAAAAGCCUGCUCACACAGACUCUGCAGUGGAGGCCACUGAGAAAUCUGACCCCUCCACUUUGACUCUUUCAGGGGAACAUUCGGCGCCCCCUGCAGGAGAUGGGACUUUGCUGCCAGGCGAGCCGGGCAGCAGCGGGAAGUCUCCGCGAUCCAAACGCAGUGGCCGAAUAGCACCACAGAACCGCAACAGCAUGUUAACAUCUCUGUGUAUUCUGAGCCACUACCCUUUCUUCUCGACGUUCAGAGAGUGUCUGUACAUCCUCAAGCGCAUGGUGGACUGCUGCAGUCAACGGCUCAACCAGAGACCCGGAGCUCCCAAAUCCACACAACGGGACACGAUGUGGCGUGUGUUCACGGGAGCUCUUUCUGUAGAGGAAAAGGAGAAGGGCAGUCAGGUGCUCCAGGACCUGAGGGAGAUCGAGUCAUGGGUUUAUCGGCUGCUGCGCUCACCGGUGCCUGUUGCAGGUCAGCGACGUGUGGAUGUGGAGGUGCUGCCCCAUGAGCUGCAGCCUGCUCUGACAUUUGCCCUUCCAGACCCGUCCCGCUUCAGCAUCGUAGACUUCCCGCUCCACCUGCCACUGGAGCUGCUGGGAGUCGAUGCCUGUCUGCAGGUCCUGGCCUGCAUUCUGCUGGAGCACAAGGUGGUACUGCAGUCUCGAGAUUAUAACGCUCUCUCAAUGAGCGUCAUGGCGUUUGUUUCGAUGAUUUACCCUCUUGAAUACAUGUUUCCUGUCAUUCCGCUGUUGCCAACCUGCAUGGCCUCCGCAGAACAGCUCCUAUUAGCACCCACCCCAUACGUCAUUGGUGUGCCAGCCAGUUUCUUCCUGUACAAGUGUGAUUUCAAGAUGCCUGAUGAUGUUUGGUUAGUGGAUCUGGACUGCAACAAGGUUAUUGUUCCAAGCAACGCAGAACUGCUCCCUCCCUUACCUGAACCUGAGGCCUCUGAGCUGAAGAAACACUUGAAGCAGUGUCUGGUAAGGUUGACUCUGAUCACCCAAAAGCAGAUCUUCGCCUCCGAUUCCAAGGCUCUGGCUAGCAUGAGUCUAAACACGCAGCCUAUUCUGAACUUGGAGAAGUUUCAGGAUGGACAGGAGUUGUCUUUGUUGCCCCCUGGUCGUGACAAAGCCUCCCCUUCCUCCACCGAAUUCAACCCACUCAUCUACGGCAAUGAUGUGGACUCAGUUGAUGUUGCCACAAGGGUGGCAAUGGUGAGGUUCUUCAACUCUCCGAACGUCCUGCAAGGGUUCCAGAUGCACACACGCACUCUCCGUCUCUUCCCUCGUCCUGUGGUGGCAUUUCAGUCCACAUCUUUCCUGGCUUCUAGGCCACGACGAAAUGGAUUCACAGAAAAGCUCUCCCACACUCAGGCGGUGGAGUACUAUGGAGAAUGGGCUCUCAACCCCACCAACCUGGCUUUCCAAAGGAUUCAUAACAAUGUGUAUGACCCCUCUCUAAUAGGCGAUAAGCCUAAGUGGUAUGCCCACCAGUUACAGCCAGUAUUCUACCGCGUGUAUGAUGGAAACUCUCAUUUAGCGGAGGCGUUGAGUGGACCCCUGCAGGAUGAGACCAAUGAUUCAGACCCAACAGACGACAGUGGCAGCGACAGUGAAGCAUAUGAUGACUCCAGCUCUUCCUACUCGUCUCUUGGAGACUUUGUGAAUGAGAUGAUCAAAGGGGACAUACAGGGAGACACACCAAAUGUUGACCCCCUGACCCAUGCUGCACUGGGUGAUGCAGAUGAGGUUGAGAUCCAUGACUUCCAUGAGUAUAAGGGGGACAGCGGUGAACCAGAGCCAGAAGGCCCCACAGAGGCAGCGGACAGUCAGCCCCUGCGGUCCAGCUCCAGCACCACAGCCAGUUCCAGCCCCAGUACAGUCAUACAGGGGGUCAACCAUGAACAGAAGGAACCAGUUGAGGUGGAGCCCACAGCAAAUGUGACCUUCCCAAGCUCUGCCCCAGUAUUGGGUCCUCCGCCUUUUACAAGACCUGCUCCUGAUCCAGCCUCCCUUGUUGACCCUGCCAAUAAGAAGCGAGAAUAUGACAACCCCUAUUUUGAGCCCCAGUAUGGUUUCCCUACAGAGGAAGAUGCUGAGACGGAUGAGCAGGAGGAGAGUUACACACCACGAUUCAACCAGAAUCUCAAUGGCAAUAAGCCGUCUCGUCCACUGAGACCCAGCAGCCUGAAGCUUCCGGGUGAAUCUGACGGAGAGGGAGACUCCAGAAAUAGCUCUCCCAACUCAACCAUCUCCAACAAUAGCAGUGAUGGCUUUGGGGGACUCAUGUCCUUUGCCAGUAACUUGUAUAAAAACCACGGUACCAGUUUCAGUCUGUCCAGCCUGGCUCUGCCUAAUAAAGCGCGAGAGAAGAACACGCCGUUCCCCAGCCUUAAAGUAUUUGGGCUAAAUUCUCUAAUGGAGAUUGUAACAGAGAUCGGCCCGGGGAGCGGAGAAGGUGCUCGAGCCCCCAGAGCGCUGGUAGAUCAGAAAUCAUCUGUUAUUAAGCACAGCCCUACUGUGAAGAGAGAGUCUCCGUCUCCUCAGGGCAGAGCCAACAACACCAGUGAGAACCAGCAGUUUCUAAAGGAGGUGGUCCAGAGUGUGCUGGAGGGGCAGGGUGUGGGCUGGCUCAACAUGAAGAAGGUGCGUCGCCUGCUAGAGAAUGAACAGCUGCGAGUCUUUGUGCUCAGCAAACUCAACCGUGCUGUCCAGUCAGAGGAGGACGCCCAGCAGGAAGUUAUAAGAGAUGUGGAGAUAAAUAGAAAGGUCUACAAAGGCAUGCUGGACAUUUUGAAGUGCACGGUGUCCAGUUUGGAGCAUUCAUACACUAAUGCUGGUCUAGGAGGCAUGGCCAGUGUCUUCAGUCUCCUGGAAAUAGCACGCACCCACUACCAAACAAAAGACCCAGAGAAGCGGAAACGGAGCCCCACUGAGGGGCUUAGCAGUCCAGGCAGUAAGGAGAGCCCAUCGGGCCGAAUGGAGAGCGCCAGGGCGGCAGGGGUGCUCCUGGUACCCCGUAUCCAAUUGCCGCCACCCUCCUCUGGGAAAUCAUCACGCCAGUUUGAUACCCGGAGUCUGAACGAGGAGAAUUUUAUUGCCUCCAUUGAAUUGUGGAGCAAGCACCAGGAUAACAGAAAGCAAAAAGCUUUGGAAAAAGAACAGAGUGGUUUAAAUAAACGGAAAUCAGGAGCAGAUGGAGUAAAACAACGUGUAGAAGGAGGAGACACUGAGGAGAAAAAAUCACAGAUCAGUGCAGACAGUGGCCUCAGUGUGACUUCUGGCUCACAGAAGAGUGAUACCGAUUCCCUGGCGAGCUCUGAACCUCCUGCUCUGACCAGAAGCACCAGUCAGGACUCAGAGGCCAGCACAGUGGUGAGUAACAGCUCAGGUGAGACGCUCGGUGCAGACAGUGACCUGAGCAGCACUGCUGGAGAUGGCGUGACAGGAAGACACGCUCAGCAUCUCAACCUGUCCCGUGGCACACUGUCUGACAGCGAGAUUGAGACCAACCCUGCAACCAGCUCAGUGUUUGGCAAGACACACAAGCUGAAGCCAGGCAUGAAGGAGCCUGUUGGUGUUAAUAAAGCAGCACCUGCUCCACCUGUUGAGGAUGUUAGCAUGAGGAUCUAUCUGUGUGAGGGGCUGCUGGGCCGGGAUAAAAGCUCAGUUUGGGACCAGUUGGAGGAUGCUGCAAUGGAAACCUUUUCUCUGAGUAAGGAGCGCUCGACUCUGUGGGAUCAGAUGCAGUUUUGGGAGGACGCCUUCCUGGAUGCCGUAAUGCUGGAACGGGAAGGAAUGGGAAUGGAUCAGGGACCGCAAGAAAUGAUUGACAGGUAUCUUUCUCUGGGAGAUCAUGACCGCAAGAGACUAGAGGAUGAUGAGGACAGACUGCUGGCCACGCUUCUGCACAAUAUGAUUGCUUACAUGCUUAUGAUGAAGGUCAGUAAAAACGACAUCAGGAAGAAAGUACGGCGUCUUAUGGGCAAAUCCCACAUUGGUCUAACUCACAGUCAGGAGAUCAAUGAAGUCCUGGAUCGCCUCGCACAUUUAAGCGGUCGAGAGCUUUCCAUCAGGCCGAGUGGCAGCAGGCAUAUUAAAAAGCAGACUUUUGUUGUGCAUGCUGGGACGGAUACAACUGGUGACAUAUUCUUCAUGGAGGUGUGUGAUGACUGCAUCGUCUUGCGCAGUAAUAUCGGCACAGUCUAUGAGCGCUGGUGGUAUGAAAAGCUCAUUAAUAUGACUUACUGUCCCAAAACUAAAGUGUUGUGUCUGUGGAGGAGAAACGGCCAGGAGACGCAGCUUAACAAGUUUUACACUAAGAAGUGUCGGGAAUUGUACUACUGUGUUAAAGACAGCAUGGAGCGUGCUGCUGCUCGACAACAAAGCAUCAAACCAGGUCCAGAGCUUGGAGGCGAGUUUCCAGUUCAGGACAUGAAGACAGGGGAGGGUGGUCUCCUCCAGGUCACACUGGAAGGCAUCAACCUCAAAUUUAUGCACAGCCAGGUUUUCAUAGAGCUGAGUCACAUUAAAAAGUGCAAUACAGUGAAAGGAGUCUUUGUCCUGGAGGAGUUUGUUCCUGAAACUAAAGAAGUGGUGAUCCAUAAGUACAAGACUCCUAUGGCACAUCAGAUCUGUUACUCGGUGCUCUGCCUCUUCUCCUACAUGGCGGCGGUCAAGGGGAAAGAGUCAGAGGGCAAACCCAAGAUGCUGUCCCCUCGUCCACUAGCGAGCUAGCACACUUCUCUCCAACGUAUACUUCAGCCCUUGCAAUACACUCCUGCCGAGCUCCAUGUAGAUGUAUUUGCAUUUCCAACACAUUUGUUGUCAAAUAAAUGACCCGUCUAAAUAAUAUAUCCAGUCACGUACCUAAUGUUAAUAUUCCACUCCACGGACACAAAAUGCUGGCAUUUCAUUCUCAUAAUACGGACCAACCAGAAUAAGACUUUCCCGUUCUAAACGAACACUUAUUUAUUGCAAUGGGAGUUGCAUGCAGGCCUCAUGCAGGCAUGCAGAAAUCAGGCGAACCCCCUCUGAUAUCAGGCUGUGUAUUUAAUAUUUAUGUGCUGAGUCGUACUGUAAAUUGCAGUCUGUUCUGUCUGUGGUGGGUGAAAUGUUCGAGUCUUUACGAUCUAUCGCUGCCACGUACGAGGGGUCCGCGACGGAGCAGUUGUCCUAUUGGUAAAUGUCCCGUUGGCUCUCCUCCACCUGCUGUAAGUGUAUCUCUUUAGCUCUGCCACGUGACGCUCAAAAUACUGUACUAGUUCUGCUGUAAAGUUCCCUGUCUGUGAACUGCUGUGUGAAAUUGCAUGUCACUUGAGAAAAAGAAAUCAAUAUUUAAAAAAAAAGGAUAAAAUCUGUACAUCUCUGUAAAAGCAAACAAAUGCUGAAGAAGCAUUGGAAAUGUUUAUGGAAAACUGUAGUUUGUUUUUUUGUGCAAUACUAUCGAUAGUGGGUAUCAAGAACAAGUCCAGUGUCCUCAGAGUUCAUCCACUGUCCCUCAGUGUUUAUGAGAGAAGUGCGGCUCAGGCAUCGCUAUUUUUGUUUGUUUGUUUGUUGGUUAUUUUGACGGAGCAAUGAAAAAAAGCCACUUGGAGAUUUUUUUGACUAGUGAUGGGAAAAUCGUGUCCAAAAUGUCCUGUCUGAAGUGUCCUCUUCCUGCUGAUGUGUGUGUGAUUGUGUGUGUUAGAAACACAGAUGGCAAGAGAGUGUGUGUCUGUUCUCAGAUCAUCUCUUCUUGACAACUAGAUCGGACAGUACAGCUGUCGCCUUUACAUAUUUUAAUAUUACUCUUUUAUGUUUUUGCUCACAUUUUUAAUCAUCUCGCAUCUGUUUUGCGUGUCCGUUCAGUUCAGUUGUUGUUUGUGGACUGUAAAUGGACUUGAAAAGCCCGCUCACUAUUGGUUUGGAUAUGUAAAUAGCACAAAAACCGAGUCCAAGUCUGCUGAAACGAAUGUUUGGACAGUGGAUCGGGUCUGUUGAUUGAAAGUGUGCGUGCGUGUGUGUUUGUGUGUGAGAGAGAGAUACAGUUGCACAUUAUUUGGGCUUUCAUUUUAGUCUGUGUAUUGUUUAGAACAAGAGGGAAAGAAAAAAAAUAAGAGACAUGGAUGUAAAUAUUUCAGCAUUUAAAAAUAUUUAUAGAACCUGUACAGCUUUGGCAAUAUGAGAAUAAAAUAUGUCCAACCCAA